GCCGCCGACCCUCGUGCAUUGCAAAAUUGCCACUGGGCCCUUCCUUUAUCAGUCAGUGAUGCACUGUUCGCCACUCGCGCUGCCCGCUCUGGAUUCCUGCGCUCGUCCCUAACGUCCAACGCACGCACCAAACGCGCAGGCGAGAAGAAUUAAGGUUUAGUGACCCAGCCCCGCUACUAGGAUGGCGUCGUCCGACAACCCGAUGCCGCACAGCAUCUUGCACGUACCCAACUCGAACCCGAAGGGUGAGGAACGUAGGGUGAGCCUUGCGGUCGGUGAUAACGCCCCCAGCAAGGACAACCCAGCCUUCGAGAACGAUGACGAGGCGGCCAAUGGUCACUCGACUAAACGCUCCUCAGCAGACACGCACCGCAAGCACAAAAGCCCGCUGGCGCUACCGAAUGGAUUUCCCGAGGAGAACGUGUAUGGCAAGCAGGAGAAGGAAAAGAAAAGCUUGUGGGAUUGGUUGGCCUUGAUGCCGAACGGCGAGCAGUUUGCCCGUUUGGUGGCUUACAUGGUGAUUGGACUGCUCAUCUGGAGCAUCAUGUACGUGCUGCUGGGCCAAGACGCGAGUCCCAAAGGCGGUCAGCUCUUCCAGAUCGCCGCGAUGUGCAUCGUGGCCAAGCUGGGCGGGUGGCUGGCGACACGCGUGCGGCUGCCGGCGCUGCUCGGCAUGCUGGUCGUCGGCAUCAUCGCCAAGAACGUCGGCCUCAUCACCGUGCACGGCGAAUACGAGCACGUCGUGUCCGACAUUCGUAAGGUGGCCCUCGUGAUCAUCCUGAUCAGGGCUGGUCUCGACCUCGACCCCAGUGCGACCAGGAAGCUGUUCGGCACCAUCCUCAAGCUGGCUCUCGUGCCCUGGCUCAUUGAGUGCUGCAUGGUCGCCAUCCUCUCGCACUUCCUGCUCGACUUGCCCUGGGGUUGGGCAUUUAUGCUGGGGUCAAUUGAGGCCGCCGUCUCGCCAGCCGUGGUGGUGCCUGGGCUGCUGCGGCUGCGACUCAAGGGCUUUGGGGUGGCCAAAGGAAUUCCCACUCUGAUCCUGGCCGUCACUGGCAUCGACGACGCGUUCUCCGUGGCCGCCUUCGGAGUCAUCUCCAGCGUCAUGCUGACCUCAGGCUCGCUGUUGUACACGGUAACCCUUGGGCCGGCCUCCGUUUUGCUGGGAGUGGCCUAUGGAUUGGUCUGGGGCAACAUGACCCGAUUUGUGCCGAAACAACAUGAUCCGUAUGCGGUCCAUUUGAGGGUAUUGUUGCUCUUUUUCGGAGGUCUCAUGGCGGUGUUGGGCAGCGAAAAGAUAGGCUACGAAGGCGCCGGGCCGCUUGGAGUCAUCCUCGCAUCCUACAUUUGCGGAUGCAUUUGGAUGGAACAGGGUUGGGAAGUUGAAGAGAACCCUGUCGCUAUUUCCUUUGAAGUGUUUUGGCUGAUCUUCGAACCCAUUCUGUUUGGAAUGACUGGCACUCAAAUAGAUUUUUCACAAAUCGAUCCCAAAAUUUUAUGGAAGGCAAUUUUGUGCAUUGGCGUGGCUGCAUUCAUCAGGAUUUUCUUCACUAUCAUUAUUGCCAUUGGCUCAAGACUCAAUUUGAAGGAGAAGAUUUUUAUUUCAUUUUCCUGGAUGGCCAAAGCAACUGUACAGGCGGCUUUGGGACCAGUUGCUAUUGAUCUAGUGAGAGAACACGGUUCCGAAGAAGAAAAAGAAUAUGCUCGCUCACUUUUAAUGGUGUGCGUGCUGUCCAUCCUGUUGACGGCUCCUGUUGGUGCUGUUACGAUUGCUCUGACCGGUCCACGCCUGCUGAAGAGGACCACAGCCACCAUGCCUGAGGGCUGGAGAAGGCACACACGACCUUCCCUGCGAGACAUCUCGCUCAAUGAGGAAGACAUUGAGGACGACGAUGAACCGGAGCCAGAAGCGCCUCCUCCUAGCGGCAGAAGGUCAACUAGGAGCAGCAUCAGAGAAGUCCUGAACCGCUGAGUUAGAAAACUUCAUUCACACUUAGAAAUAAGGAUCGCGGUUUUACUCUGUAAAUAAUGCACACGAGUUUUAUAUUUUAUGUACCAUACUAACAUGUAGGCAACCUUUAAUUAUUCUAGCAGUUAAGGCUAAUAAUAAAGUUUCAGAGGGGUUCUGUGAGACUCGAUGCCACUUAUUUUCCUAUAAAAACUGAAUGACAGUUGCUUGUGAGUAUUUGUAAUUAUUGUAAAAAGGUAACUAUUUGACAAUAGUAAAAUGAUCUUCCAAACUGCA